UACUCUUUGAUGAGAGUUGUCAAAUAAAUGUAAACACUAAGUCUGUGAAUGUAAACAAACUGCAAGACAAUUUUGUUAAUUGUAUUGUACUAACACUUGAAGCAAUAAGAUUCCAUUAAAUUAUAACUGUUUUAAAAUGAUUCGUAAAAUUGCAGUUACUUUUUUUAUCAUUACAUGUAUAAAUCAAAGUUUUCAAAAUGAAAUUAAAAUUUAUGGUCCUGGGUUAGAGCCUCAAAAAAUUGUUAUGCCGGCGAGAUAUUUUUUUGUGAAUUUUACAUCAUUUAACGAAAAAUAUUCUCCAUAUCUAGCAAAUGACUUUGCUGUUGAAAUAGAGGGAAAUUCUAUAAAAAAUGCACAUUGUAGAAUUUGGGUAAACAAAUUAGAUCGGAAGGACGGUACUUUUAUUGUGCGAUAUAAAGUUUAUGACACUUGCCUUGAUUUGAAAAUUAGCCUUUAUUACAAAAGUAAACAUAUAAUUGGAUCUCCUUUUAAGUUUAAUGGUCCAAUUCAACCUGACCAAUGCGACUGCCCUCACAACAAUUUUGAUACCUGGUUGAAAGAAUAUGGCUGUCCAACUACAUAUGAACAAAUUGAUAAUGAUCUCAUCAGAUAUGAAGAUCUGGAUAUGAAUUUCCAGAUUGAAAAAAUCAUUAAACACUAUAGCAAACCAGAAAGCACCAGUUUGUGCCACUAUGUGGUAAAAGACAACUUAAUAUACAGAAAAUGUUAUGGAAAACAUGUGGGAUUCAAUAUGUUUUCUGAUAAUAUAUUACUGUUUCUCACUCGCAAAGUAAGCUUACCUGAUAUGGAGUUAGUGAUUAAUCUUGGUGACUGGCCUUUGGUUCAUAAAACUGCACAACCAUUGCCUAUUUUCUCAUGGUGUGGUAGUGAUGAUACUAUAGAUAUAUUAAUGCCUACUUAUGAUAUAACUGAAUCUACCCUCGAAAAUAUGGGUCGGGUAACUCUGGAUAUACUGUCAGUACAAGGAAAUAUUGCCCUGAAUUGGUCAGAACGAUAUGAUAAAGCUAUUUGGCGUGGUAGGGACUCGAGGCUGGAACGUUUAAAGUUAAUAGAUAUAGCGCGUGCAAAUCCCGAUCUUGUUAAUGCUUCCCUCACAAAUUUCUUUUUCUUUAGAGACAAAGAAGCAGAGUAUGGACCUAAGCAACCACAUAUAUCUUUCUUUAAAUUUUUUGAUGUAAGUAUUAUUGAAAUCAAAACAUAAUAAAUGUUCAUCUCUUGUAAAAAGAUGUUGAAUAAAAUAUGAAAAAUUACAGUAUAAGUACCAGAUCAAUGUAGAUGGUACAGUGGCUGCUUAUAGACUACCAUAUCUGCUUGCUGGUGGUGGAAUGGUUUUUAAGCAAGAUUCUCCUUAUCAUGAACAUUUCUACAAACAACUACGUGCUUGGGAGCAUUACGUGCCAGUGGCAAGGGAUUUGUCAGACUUGAAAGAAAAAGUAUUGUGGGCCCGUAAACACGACAAAGAAUCCUAUAAUAUAGCCCAAAAUGCAAGAAAAUAUGCUAAUGAAAAUUUGCUGCCUCAACACAUUAUUUGUUACCAUGCAGUUUUAUUUUCAAAAUGGAGUAAAAAAAUUAAAAGUAAAGUUACUGUAGCUGAAGGUAUGACUCUUGUCCCUCAACAGAAGUUUUCAUGUCAAUGUAACACUAAAGAAACUGUAAAUCAUGAAGAAUUAUAAAUUAUCUCUCAGAUCUGCCUUUUUUUUCAAUAUUUGCGACAGAAGUUGAUGUUUCACUAUGUAAGAGUGUGGAAACAACAGCCAUUUCAUGCCAUCAGAUACCAUC